AUGUCUGAAAACCUCCAUCCAGUCUUCCGCAAGGGAGCUACCGCUCUCAUCAGCGGAGCAGCUUCUGGAAUCGGUCUGGCGACGGCGCACUUCUGCUACUCUCGCGGCAUGAAUCUGAUCCUUCUCGAUGUCCACGAGCACUCACUACUCGAAGCAACAAGUCAAUUUCCAUCAACUUCGGAGAUCAGAACAUCAAUAUUCCACCUGGACGUUGCAGACGCGAACGCCUGGAAAGUGCUGCAACAGGGCAUUUCGACAACGCAUCCCUCUGGAAUCGACUUUCUCAUGCUAAACGCCGGGUGCAGUGUCGAGCCAGAGGCUGGAAAAACCGUCUGGCAAGACCCGGAGUAUUUCUCGCGCACCCUCGCCGUCAACACAUUAGGCUACACGAACGGAAUCGCAGCCCUCCUCGACACCAUGAAAAACGGGAAGGAAUCAAAACCCCGCGCCAUCGUCCUCACUGGCUCCAAGCAAGGAAUCACCAAUCCCCCGGGUAAUCCGGCCUACAACGCAUCCAAGGCCGCCGUGAAAUCCAUCGCAGAGCAACUAUCCUACCAUCUACACUCCGACCAUCCCGAAAUCAGCGUCCAUCUCGUCGUCCCCGGCUGGACGUACACAGGCUUCAGCGCCGGUCGGUUCCCGUCCAAACCGGAUGGUGCCUGGGCACCGGAGCAGGUUGUUGAUUACAUGAAUAGGAAAAUGGCGGAUGGCGUGUUUUACAUUGUUUGUCCGGACAAUGAAGUGACCGAGGAGUUGGAUCGGAAGCGGAUUGUGUGGUCGACUGGAGAUGUCGUAUAUGAGCGGCCACCGUUGUCGCGGUGGAGGCCGGAUUGGAAGGAUACGGCUGCGGCGGAGAUUAAGGAUAAGAUUAGUUUGUAG